AUGGCUGAUCAACCUCCAAAUCCUCAAAGAAGAAUCAAACUUCGCGAUGGUAGAUACUUGGCUUACAAGGAAAGAGGUGUCUCCAAGGAUGAUGCCAAGUUCACCAUCGUUCUUGUUCAUGGAUUUGGAAGCUCCAAAGACAUGAACUUCAAUGUCUCACAAGAGCUUGUAGAAGAAAUUGGGAUAUACUUUGUGCUAUAUGAUCGAGCUGGCUACGGAGAAAGCGACCCAAAUCCGAAACGGUCGUUGAAGAGUGAAGCCUGCGAUGUUCAAGAACUCGCGGAUCGGUUACUGAUCGUAUCAAGAUUUUAUUUGAUCGGAAUCUCGAUGGGCUCGUAUACUGUUUGGAGUUGCCUCAAACACAUUCCUCAAAGGUUAGCAGGAGUGGCGAUGGUGGCUCCGGUGGCGAACUACCGGUGGCCGUCGAUUCCAAAGAGUUUGAUGAAAAACGAUUACAGAAGAGAAGUGAUGAAAUGGGCUUUUUGGAUUGCUAACUAUUUUCCGGGACUUCUUCAAUGGUAUGUGACUCAAAACAUGUUUCCUUCAACUUCGAUGCUAGAGAAAAACCCUAUCUACUUCAACGACCAGGACAUCGAAAUCCUCAAGCACACCAAAGGCUUCCCAAUGCUUACUAAGGAGAGGUUACGAGAACGCGGCGUUUUUGAGACGCUGAGAAGCGAUUUCCUGGUAGCGUUCGGCGAGUGGGACUUCGACCCGGCGGACUUACCCGACCCGUUCCCAUCCGAACCCGAGAAGAGCCUUUCUUCUGUUCAUAUAUGGCAAGGCUACGAAGACAAGGUGAUGCCGUUUCAGCUGCAAAGAUGCUUGUGUCGCAAGCUACCGUGGAUUAAGUACCAUGAGGUCCCUAAAGGAGGCCACUUGAUCGUGCACUACGACGGCGUCUGCGACGCGAUCUUGAAAUCGCUUCUUCUAGGAGAAGAUCUUCCAAUGUACAGACCCAAAGCUAUGAUCACUGAACCUUAG